AUGACAGCAGGCUUGGGGGCAGGCGUGGGGGCAGGCAUGGGGGCAGGCAUGGGGGCAGGCGUGGGGGCAGGCAUACUGGCAGGCAUGGGGGCAGGCAUGCUGGACGUGCUACAGCUGUUCCUGAUCGACGCUGCCAUGCUCUCUGCAGCCCUCUUCGCCCUCUUCCACCUCUCCCUCGCCCUCCUCUUCCCCAACAUGGCCCUUGGGAUUGCCGCCGGCCUGCUCACUGUCUACUCCAAUAGCGUCUUGCCAGCUGUCGCUCUGCAACCACUUACAAUGCUUCUGCUCUAA